AUGCGUUUCACUUCGAGCAUCAUCGCUGCCGCCCUCUCCCUCGCGGGCGGCACCAACGCCUGGAGGCAGGACCCCAACGGCAUCUGGGUUGCCAGCAAGGAGCUCUACCGCAUGAACACGUCUGUCAUCAAGACGUCAGGCGAGUGCGCUUACUACCACACCAACCGUUCCCGCCAUAUGUUCAAGGGCAACUGUACCGUGUACCUGGGCGACGUUUACUGUCUUUGA